AUGGCCCCAGUCGACGCCCCGCUCAACGGCACUGCGACGCCCGCGGCCUUCAUCACCAUCACCGGCGUAGAGGUCACGGGCCGGCUGACGCCGAAUGGGACGCAGCGGUGGGUCCAGCCCCUCGCUCUCUCUGCUGACCCAGUCACCAGGGUGACGCUGAUCGUCGCCGCGUGCUACAUUGUCGCGAUAGCAAUCUUGCCCUACCUCAAGACGCUCAUCUACCCGUUCAAGCUGCUCACGGUGGGGAUGCACGAGAUGAGCCAUGCCCUCGCGGGUGUGUUGACCUGCGGGUCGGUGGAGCGGAUCGAGCUCGACCCCGACGAGGGCGGCGCGACGCACAUGCGCGGCGGGGUGGCGUGGAUCACGCUGCCGGCAGGAUACCUCGGCUCGAGCGCCAUCGGCGCCGCGCUCAUCGCCUGUGGCUUCGACACCAACGCGUCCAAGAUCGCGUGCCUCGACCUCGGGCUCAUGUUCCUCCUUACGCUGUUCUGGGCACGGCGCAGCGUCGUCGCGUGGCUUACCAUCGCGCUGAUGGUGGGCUUGAUCCUCAUCUGCUGGCUCGUAGCCCACAGCGUCGCGCUGCGCUUCCUAGUCCUCUUCAUCGGCGUCAUGUCGUGCAUGUACUGCCUGUGGGAUAUUAUCGACGACACGCUCAAGACCAAGAAGAAGGGCUCGGACGCGUCAGAGUUUGCAAAGGUCGUCAAGUUUGGCAGCUCGCGCAUGUGGGGGUUCGCCGCGGGCAUCCUUGUCGGCAUCGUGGCAUUCAAAGCCGACUGGGCGCAACAGCGCGCCUCGGCGGACAAGUUCCUCGGUGGUGAGUGUGUCAGCGUGGCCAGUCUGACGCCAGGCGCGCCAUAA